AUGGCUGAAUCUCAGGGCGUCCAGCCUUCUGGGGAAGCGCUGGGUGCGUAUGAGAAAUCGAGCCAAACCGAAGAACAUCAAAAUAGCGGUGAGGAGAUCUCUGUAAAAAAUGACAAAUUAGAAGAAUUUACACAAAAGGUCGACGUUGACCACAUCCUAAAACACCAUGCUGGGAAUUUAGGAUUUGUGCAAAUUGCCAUGGUAAUUGCUAGCUCUCUAACCCUGCCGGCUGCCAUCAUAUUCCCCGUUUUUGGAAAUGCCGAACUGCCCCACAGAUGUCGACUGAACCAGACUAUGGAGGAGUACUUCACCUCACAAUUCAAGGUUUCCACCGAUCCACACAUUGAUUUGUUUGACCUCGUAGCUUCUCAUGUCGGACCUUGGCCUUCAUCCAACACAUCAAUUCCAGUACAUGGAGGCAGGUUUGGCUGUGAAAGAUAUCGGACCCCACUAGCAUCACUAAACUCAGUUAUAACCCAGCCUGAGACUCUUCCAUGUGACAAUGGUUACGUUUACAAGUAUACACCCGACCAAUAUCCUGGUGGAAUAGUGGUCGAAUGGGACCUUGUGUGCGAUCAAGCGUGGAAGGCCCCAUUCAGCACCUCAAUGUAUAUGGGGGGUAUGCUUUUUGGGUUUAUCCUUGGAGGAAUGGCUGGUGAUCAUUUCGGUCGCCGAUUGACCGCUCUUUUCGCCUGUAUUCUUGAGGGACUAACCGCUAUAGCUGUCUCAUUGUCGCCGUUUUUUGGGCUAUACAUCCUCUUUCGUGUUCUCUUGGCCUUCUCCACUUCAAUGAAAGUUGCGGUUCUUCUUGUCCUUUGUAUGGAGCUGACAACAGCCCACCAACGGUCUCUUGUUAACGGACUUUGGUCACUUAUCCAAGGCUUUUUGUUAAGAGCAUUGCUCUCUCCACUUGCCUUUUGGUUUCAAAACUGGCGUUGGCUGCAUGGUGCGAUCUCGUUUAACACAUUUUUAAGCUUCCCUACAAUAUUCUUUUUCCCCGAGUCUCCACGGUGGCUCGUAUCGCAACAGAGGAAGUCGGAUGCCUUGCACGAACUGUACAAAGUCUAUCGUGUCAACCAACGAUUGCGGAUGUGCAAAGAAAAAGAAACCUUAGUAACCGAACAACAGUUUGUACGGAAAAUCCAGGAUGAGGCUCGGACGCUAAAAAGAGGCGAAAGUAAGGCACCACAGAAGCCUACUGCCAACUCUUCACACCAGUCUCAAUUCAGGCAGAUGCUUAAGACAUUCAUCAACAAACGGAUAGUGCGGAUAACGGCUCAGUGCGUUCUCUUGUUUUCGGGCCAACUUGCGACAACUUUUGGCCUAAUAUUCUACGGUAGCUCGAUACGCUCUAACAUAUACUUAGUUAAUUUCCUUAACUCUGCGACUCAAGUACCCGCGACUAUCAUUUCUGGUCUUUUGUAUCGUUUCUGCAAGAGGCGCAAGAAGCCAAUCGCCUUUAUGUACCUUUCCACGUGUAUAGUUCUCACUUGUGCCUCUGUAUACAACUUGGUGGCAAAACCCGAGUCCGAUGUCGUGCUUAACGUGUGUUGCAAUCUGGCCCUAAUCCUCCAAUCGGCUGCCUUCAACAUGGUUUUCAUGUAUGUGCCUGAACUCUUUCCAUCGGAGGCGCGGGCACUCGGUCUCGGAAUAGGGGCUGGUCUGGGUCGAGUUGGUGGUGUACUCUGUCCAUUUAUAAACUCGCUAGAUUCCAUGACGUUCCAUGGUUUUCCCAUCAUCAUAUACGUCAUCAUUCUCUUACUUGAGAUGUUGAACUUAGCAUGGUUGCCUGACACAUCCGGACGUAAUUUGCUUGAUAAUUUGGAGCAGAAAAAAACAGGGGACAAUGAGGCACUGGCUGAAAGUGAAGAGAAGGAGGAGGAGGAGGGGGAGGAGGAGGAGGGACGACCUAUUUGGGCGUCGACCGUGGAUGAGUUGGUCGCGUCGACGCAAGUGAUUUGUUCGAACUUGGACCGGCGAGACGGCGCUGACAAGUGA